GCCAUUCAACUUGCAGACACACGACCAGUGCGACCCUGGGGAGAGCUGCCUGUUCUUGACCUGGACCCCGGAAAUACAGCAUCAUGGCCUCCGAGGAACAAGAUGCGCUGGACGCUCUCGAGCGGGAGGCGUCCGACUUUGACAAGGAUGCAGAGAUUGAUCGGAUUAGGAACGCUUUUGUCUUGGACGCAUACGCCGUGCUCGACCUCCAGCCGGGAGUCACAGAGAAGGAUAUCAAAAUGUGCUAUCGCAAAAAGUCCCUCCUGAUCCACCCGGAUAAGACCAAGAAUCCGGCAGCCCCCGAUGCCUUCGAUCGUCUCCAGAAAGCGCACUCCGCACUCAUGGACGAGAAGAAGCGCGAAUACCUCGACGAAUGCAUUGCGGACGCGCGACGACUGCUGAUCCGCGAGCACAAGUACAAUCUCGACUCUCCGGAGUUGAAGACGGAGGAGUUCAAGAAAGAAUGGCGUAAGAUGACGGUCACAGUGCUCUUGGAAGAAGAGGCGCGGCGGCGUAGGCAGGCCAAGGCGAAGCUGCAAGAGGAAGGACGCGAACGGCGCAAGGAAGAGGAAGAAUUGGAGGCACGGAAACGGAAACGCGACCAGGAUAAAGCCUGGGAGGAUACUCGCGACGAGCGAAUUGGUAGCUGGCGCGACUUCCAGAAGGGACAUAAGAAGGACGGGGACAAAAAGAAGAAGAAGAAAAUGAAAGUGCUGGGAUGAAAAUGCCCCGGAAGCACCGGUGACUGAACUCUGAAAUGCGAGAUUUCAAGCUCUGGGGACGAUAGUCUUAAUGAAACCUAUAUACCAUGCUGUUUACCUUCGGUGUUUUUGCUUUAGGGCUGUUUGUCAAAUGCUAUACAGAGAUACGUUCGAUCGAAUUUGAUGGAGACCCGCUCAGCACUGUCACCGUCACUCAGGGUAGGGCAGAGCAUAUGUUCAUCUGAUGUCCUUCCUUAAGGACGGUCCAAACCUUGCAGACUGUAGACAGC